AAUAACAAUUGAACAAAAAUGUUCAAUAAUCUUAAUUUGCUAUAAUGUUAGCAAUAAUCAUACAUUCAUACACGUCACAACAGAGAAAUCAUAGUCAUUAACUAAAGACUAAACGACCGAUAUAUUUGAAAUCCUCUGUAACAACCUGUGCUAUGUAAUUAUAUCGAACGCACCAAGUAACUGCAAAAUUUGCAAUUCACAAUUCGACAUUUGCUGUUUGCCAGUUUUGCACUCUUUCUCAUCAACUUUUGAGUUUUGAUACGAGAAUAAGUAAAAAUAUGCAGACAACAACAUUGUUAUCAACUAAAAAACAAUAAUAAAUAACUACUAGAGUGAUAGCACCGUAGACCUCAUUCCACAGAAUAGAUUAAAUGAAGUACACCAUCUGGUUCUAAGUAAUCUGUGGUACUAUACUACUAUCUGUGGUACUAUGAUCUACGACAUUAAAUUUGAAAGUAGCUCUCGGGUAUUGGGUAUCCAAAUUUUUUUUAUUUAUAAUUUAUAUUAAUAUUUAUUUAAAUUUUUUUUUAUGAAUUUUUACAAUUAGCUCAUUUUCUAUUUGAAAACAAUCAAUUAUUUACCUUUGCUAUAAAAGUUUCUACUUGGUAUUACCUAAUUAGAAAGAAAACAAAUUACAAUGCACAAUCAUUUUACUAAUUCGGGUACUGAAAGUUCUUCAAGAUUUGUUUUAAAUUUAAUAAUGUAAAAUAAUUUACUGUAACUAUUAUUUGGGGUGUACCCAAUGGAGAAGGAGGAACGAAAAGAAGUAUAUGAUACUCCAGUGACCGAUGAAAAUGGAUCUCCUAUCAGCAUUGUUUGGAAACCUGAUCUUUAUAAACUCCAACAAGAAUCCCCUAAGCCUCAACCAGUAUUUGCACCAAGUGCUGUGUCUGGGUGUCCAUUUUUCUAUGGUCUUGAAUACCACGGAGCAAUGAAUCACAAAGAAGCAAAUUCAUUAUUAAAAGACGAUGGUAACUAUCUUAUACGACUAAGCACCAGUUCAGACGAUAAGAUGUAUACACUAUCUUUAAAAAUAUUUGGAAAAGUUCAUCAUUAUAAAUUAUUUUAUGACGGACAACAUUAUGUGUCACAAAAACGUUUUAAUACAAUUAAUGAUCUUGUUGCGGAUGGUUUGGUGACAUUGUAUAUGGAAUCUAAAGCUGGGAAAUACAUCUACUUAAUGCACAGUUUAAUAAGUUAUGAGAAAAGCCCUUAUAUGACAUUAAAUAAACUCAAGCGUAAAACAAUCAAAAAACUAAAACCGAGACAGCUCAAUUGCGAAGAAGUUGUUGAAUACGACAAACCUCACAGUUUUAAAACUCAUAACUUUAAAGGACUUAAUUGGUGCGAGUUGUGUAGUAACUUUUUAUGGGGUUUUACACAGCAAGGAGUGAAAUGUGAAGAUUGUGGUUUUAGUGCACAUUUCAAGUGUUCUGAAAAGUUGCCUCCAGAUUGUUAUCCAGAUUUAAAAUUGUUUCGAGGUGUUUUUGGCAUUGAUUUAACAACUCAUGUCAAGGCCUAUAAAACUAAUAGACCGUUUGUUGUGGACAAAUGUGUUGAAGAAAUUGAAAGGCGUGGCAUGUCUGUUGAAGGAAUAUACAGAGUAUCAGGUUUUCAGGAAGAAAUGGAUAGUUUGAGAUUAGCCUUAGAUAAAGAUGGUAAAGGAACAAUAAUGGACGAUCAAGCUUAUGAAAAUAUACAUGUAGUAGCUAGUAUUUUAAAAAUGUAUCUCAGAUUGCUUCCAAUACCACUAAUCACUUAUGAUGUUCAUCCUCUUGUCAUAAAAGCUUUAGAAACUCAAAUGUCCUGGGAAAGAUUAGCUGAGGUGAGGGCCGCUUUGAAAAAGUUACCUCCAGCACAUUAUAACACUUUGAGCUAUUUAAUGGCUCAUUUGUACAGUUAAAUAAUAUACCCAGCAGUCAACUUGUGUGCAAGUGUACAACUUCACUAUACAACAGGCAUACAGAUGGUAGACUCUUUGGGGAUGACGUCCAUGUGUUUCCAGACCAUUGCCUACUGAAAACUUGUUGUCAUCGUGUACAUUUCUUAACUUAAAUACAGUAUAUUAUUUUAUUUAAUUAUGUUUGAUAUAAAUAUAAUGAUUUCUCCUUUAAGUAUAAUGUUUCCCCCUACAUUUAUCAAGUAUGGUAACUCUUCAAUUUGGUUUAGUUUUUGUAGUAGUUUAUACUAUCUUUGUGUAGUGGCGAUGGUGUAAUUAGUUAUGAAAUAUUUUUUCAUAUUCUUAGCUGUAUCCUAACAACUGUAACAUUUAGUGUUAGGUUUAUGGUUUUAUAAUUUAUUUCUGUACUCUUUUAGAGUUGUAAAAAUACACAAAUUCCGAAAAUAUUU